CACCCCGGGUCUUGGCCUGGUUGAUCAAUUGCCCUCAAACAUUACCAUCCCUCGCAUUUUGUACUGUCCAGGAUGCUGACUCUCGCUUUCGUGCUCGCGGCACCGGCCUUUGCUCUCCCAGCCUACCACGACGCGCAAAUACCACUCCGCCCUCUGGAUCACUCGCAGGGUUACGAAUUCGACCCCCUACUACAUCUACCAGGGAUAUCACCGUACUUUGAUGCUGUUGGCUUUGGUCUUGAGCACACGGCUCCUGUGGGAUGUAAUGUGACGGCCGCCUCGUACAUCGUCAGGCACGGCGCCAUCUAUGCUAAUGACAAGGAAUACGAAGAGUACAUCAAGCCUUUCCUCUGGAAGCUGGAACAGCAUCGACAAGGCUGGUCCGGACCGCUAUCGUUUAUGGAAACAUGGCAAAGUCCUAUCCUCGAGGACAAGCUGGAAGACCUCACGCCAUCGGGUGCGGUGGACGCGGAAAGAGUUGGAAAACACCUGCUGGCGCGGUAUCCGGACCUUGUGCCAGAGACUAAGAGAGUCCUGGCGGAUAAGAAGAGCAGGACGUAUGAUACUGCACAAAACUUUGUAAAGGCCUUCCCGCAGGUCGACAAGAUCGAGGUCGUCCGCGUCACACAGAACACCAACGGCUCGAUGGAGGCGCUCAUUCCCCACAAAUCCUGCGAGAACUUCUCGAAGACCCCGGGAAUAAAGGAGCAAAAGAAGGCCAUUGAUCUGUACGCUGCGAGCGUCUCGCAUCGGCUGUCACCCUAUAUGCCAUUUGAACUCGAAGCCAACGAUGUCGUCGGCUUCCAGAUGCUCUGCGGCUACGAAAGCGCCAUCAAAGGGACACGCUCUGAGAUCUGCGCGCAAUUCACCGACGCCGAAUGGAUGGCGUACGAAUACGCAUGGGAUCUGAAAUACGCCUACAUGGUCGGCCCUCUGAACCCCUUGUCGCCAUAUCUCGGCUUCCCCUGGCUCCAUUCACAAGCCAACCUCUUCUCCCACAUCGCCAAGCACGACACACCCGGCGACGGCUGGCCCGACAAGCAGCGCUUCUUCCUCUCCUUCACGCACCGCGAAGUACCCCCCUUCAUCGCCACGGCCCUGGGCCUCUUCAACUCGUCGUCCAAUGCGGCGGAACAGUUCCCCACCGACCACAUCAACUGGACGCGCGCGUGGAGAAUGGCGGAUCUUAUUCCUUUUCUAGGGCACGUGGGCAUGGAGAAGAUGACGUGCGAGAGGGGUGCUGUGCAUGGCGAUGGGCCUGGCGAGUUUAUCAGGUUCAUUGCCAAUACGGCGCCGAGGCCUAUUCCGGAUUGUCAGGAUGGGCCUGGUGCGAGCUGUCCGUUCCAUCUGUUCAAGGAGUUGAUUGGAAAGGGGGCGGAGAAGCACAAGGACUUUCACGAGGUGUGUGAUGCGAAGGAUAAGGAGUAGGUGAAUACGAUGUGGGAGUGUUGUAUAAUCGAGCUGUAGAUUUGAGCUGAUCGAUAUAACUUUUAAUAUAUCAGUUGCGCUUUUCCACACCUGCAUGUCGUCGCUAAGCCUUUGCUUAUGUUUAAUCCUUCAAGC